UGAGGCCAGGCUAUCCUGUGUUUCCUCAUUUUGUCUGUCCACUUGGGAGCCCAGCCCUGAAGAGAAAGGCUGACCAGAGGAGCCUGCUAUGGCACCUCAGGCUCUCCUGAGUACCCUGGUGGGAUCUGCACUCUCAGGCCUUUCCCUUGUUCCUGACCUGACAUUGUCCUUCAUUCUGGAAUGGCUUUGGAGAGUUUUAUUGUUUUGUUUUCCACUCAAAUACGAAGAAGUCACCCUUUUGGUGACUGUAGGUGUGUGAUAGGUGCCUCUAUCUCCUGAUUCCUCUCUUUUGGACAUUCCUGACUCGGGAAAGAAUCUUUACCUUUGGCUGGUACUACAGUCAGUAGGAAUAGAAAAUUUUGUCUCUUCCAGGAUGGGACAAGAGAGACCUUGGGGAGAAGGUUUGCAUGGAUGAAAAUCAGCAGUCUACUUGAGAAAGAAAAGAGUUCACAGGUGGCUAAGGGAAGGCACUGGAAAUUUGCAUUUCUCAUUUUUUUUUAAUUAUUUUUACUUUGUUGCUUUGAGAAUGUUUUUCUUGGAGAUCCAAAGCUGCCAAGGGACAGGAACUUUGUGCUACCUCCUCCAUUUGGUGCUGACGGGGUGGGAGGGCCUGCUUAGUGUAGACUUGUUUUGGUGGCUUGGCUUGGCUGCUGUUCUGAAAGCAGGGGGCUCAGGUGUGUUGAAUGCUCAGGGUGAUUCUCACUCUCCUGCCUUCCCCUCGUGUGGCAGUUGCAUCCUUUACUAGGAGUUGUGAGGGAAAUGGAAGCUAGGAAUGAGCCACUCCUCUCAGGUCUCAGGGUUGGUAGUGUGACCCUUUGUGACCUGCAAAAAUGCCUGAUGGAAACUAGAGCAAGCCCAGGAAGCCCUUGCCUGGGGGAACUCUGGGAUGAAGCUAGGGACUCCUUCCACCCUCUUGAGCCUCAUGUUCCUUGUCUCACAGAACAGCCUAGACGUCACCGUAGCGUAGUCUGUGUCAGGAAGUGCUAGACAAAUGCCUAUUUUGUCCAUCCUUUUAAGUCUGGGUCUCUUCUCUUUGUUGAUUUUGUGCCCUUUCUCCCCAGACAGACUCCUUCAGGAAGAACCUCUUUUCUUUUUCCAAGUGGCAGUUCCUUCGGUUUCUAGAAAGACUUUCCAGCCAAGCUGGUACUUGAGGGGCCUUUCAAAAGCACCAGCUGAAGCCCAGGGGUUUGAGGUGACAGUCUCAGACCACAACGUCUUGGGGAUGGCUGGUUCAUUUUGCCUCUUUGCCACGCCAUGUUGGGUGCGGCCCACACAGCCUGGUAGGUCCCAGCUUUCCUGGUAGUUUGCUCUCGUUUGGCACUCAAACACCUGAGCAUCAUCAGGAGGGCUCCUAGGUACCAUCAUCUGGCUGUGCUAUUUUCUGAUGCCAUUCAGACCCUUGCCUCUCAGAAGCCCUGAACAGAUGAGGCAGAGGGUAGCUCUGCCAUCAUUCCUGGGCCAGGAAUAAGUAGACAAGCCGUUUGGCAGUUCUGGAUCCUCCAUGCCUGCUCACCCAACUGUUUUCUAAGCCCCUCAAGCAAGACAACAGCUGUCAGUAAGCGCUCAGACAGGAUGUGUACAGUAUAUCUGUUUCAAGCAUAAUCCUCAACUGCAAAAGCUCAUCCCUGCUGUUAGGGAGGUGCUGGGCUGAGGUUCCUGGGCCUCUUUUCUAAUGCUAAAUGCUCCCUGGAAACAAGUAUUCGACGUUUAAAGCACAAAACAAAUGUGGGUGGGGAAAGUGGGUGCUGUGUAACCUUGGUUGAUCUUGGGCUUGAGUGAUUUUCCUGCCUCUACCUCCAGAAUGCUAGGAUUUACUUGCCUGCGCCAUAAUGCCCAAUUGGGCUUACUGCGUUUGUCCUGGAAUUCAUUAGGACACAUUAAAGAGUGUUUUGAGUUAAAAAUGAACUGAACGAAGGCUGCUUGUUGAAGGAGCCCAGCAAUGGUGUCUAGAUUUGAUCCCAGAGUCUACUGGCUCCCUCACUUUUUAAAACAAAGAAAUGGUUGGCCCAUAUGGCUCUAAGAACUAUGAUGGUGGAAAUCUUAGCCUAAUUGGUGCUCUAUAAACACGUUUGAAUAACUACGUGCUUGUGGCCUAGUUUGUACUGAGUAGUCUGAGCUGAUGAUCACUGUGGUUCGCUUGGCUCCUCCGCAGGUGGAGCUCGUACACCUGCGCUCACACCUGCAGGGUGGAGACAACGCGCCCGCACGCUGCGGGCUGGUGCUUCGGCUCAAUGGAGUCUGGGCUCUGUGCAGCCAGGAGGCGGGACCUCCAUGGCUAGCCAAUGAGGAGCCUGCUUGUGGAGGGUGGGGCCUGCCAUCCAGCCGCGGGAGCAGUGGAGGGGCAGCUGAGACAACGCUGGCUCACGUCUCUGUACGUUCUGUCCCGAGGCUAUUUGCCCCGGACGGUCGUCCGAGUCUGUUGCGUGUGGGCAAAAAGGACCGUCGGUAGGGAAUAUCGCAGCGGCAACUCUGAGACGAGGCAGGAUCGCGCGCAGCCAUGACCGAGGCGGCCGCUGCUCCGGACUGGCAUAUGGGGACUGACCUCCAACAACAGGCCCAGAUCCAGUCUGCGGAGAUCUCCCUUUUAGCCAUCCUGGCUGCUGUUCAGGUGGUGGAGAAGAAAACAGAGUCCCAAGCUGUCCAUCUUCAAAGCCUGGAAAUACGAACAGGGUCAGCUGAGAAGAGGCUGGCUGACUUUGAGAAGACAGCCAUGGAGCUCAGCAGCCAGCUGGAGGGCAAGUGGGCCGUGCUGGGGACCCUGCUGCAGGAGUACGGGCUGCUGCAGCGGCGGCUGGAGAACCUGGAGAACCAGAUGCAAACCCGGAACUCCUGGGUCCUGAGGCUGCCCGCUAGCAGCAAGGAUGAAGCCCCCAAGGUUUCUAUAACUACUGAAGAGGUGGCUGAGUGUUUCCCUGAGCAACAGGAAGGCAGCCCAGAAGACUGGCAGAAAGAGCUCUGCAAGGACGUAGCAAAAGAGAGCCGUGAGGUGCUGGGUGCUCUGGAACCAGGCCAGCUGGAAUCACCCCCCAGUGUUCUCCCCUGGAUCAAGCAAGAGGAAGAGGCACAUGAGAAGAGUCUGCGAGAGACAACCAGUGCCUAUCUGUGCUCAGAAACCUGGCUAGCUAACAAGAAAAGGAUCCUGGAGGGAGAGUCCGUGCUACCAGACCCAGUGUGGGCAACUGAAGGGAGCUCCAGCAAGGAGGACUUCGAGAGGAGAACCUGUGGGGACCUGCUCCCCGUUUCCAGAGAGAGAGAGGUGGCCUCCCUCCCCCGAGGCUCUCAGAGUCAGCCUGUGCCAGCUACUGAGGGCACUGAGAAUGGCCAGGACUUCGUUGUCAAAGAGCUCAGCACUCAGCUUGUGCACCCACACCAUGGAUCUUCGCCCUUUGCCAGUCUCCAGUGCCCCCAGAAUGCCACACAGCAGGUCACUCUCACCAGGAACCGUCGUGCAUCCACAGCCCAGCGUGCCUACACCUGUGUCCAGUGUGGCAAGAGCUUCGUCCACCAGUCAACACUUACCACGCACUACCGCACACACACAGGGGAGAAGCCUUAUAAAUGCGCUGAGUGUGAAAAGCGGUUUGGCCGCCUGUCCACACUGCUGGAGCACCAGCGCACCCACACGGGAGAACGGCCCUUCCCGUGUGCACAGUGUGGCCGUCGUUUUGGGCGCCUGUCCACACUGGUGGAACAUCGGCGCACACACACGGGUGAGAAACCAUUUCCAUGCACCCAAUGUGACAAGCGUUUCACACGCCUGGCCAAUUUGACAGUGCACCAGAGUGUGCACUCUGGUGAGCAUGCUUUCCAGUGCACCCAGUGUGGCUCCUGCUUCACGCACAAACCUAGUUUCCUACGGCACCUGCGCAGCCACUCUCAGGAGAAGCGUUUUACCUGCGGCCAGUGUGGCAAGAGCUUCACCUGUCGCUCCUGGCUGGUGCGCCACCAGGGCAGUCAUGCCCGCUCAGCCUCCUCUGCUUAUGUGGCUGGUGAGAAGAGCUCACCAAGCUUUGAGUCACCUACAAGUCUCCUUAAGGGUGCAGCUAGGGGAAAGUUUUCCAGUGACCCUUCUAUCCCCCCCAGAUCCAAGGACACUAAGGCCUAUGGCAGAGGUCAGCAGCUCAGCGACCAUGGUCAGGAAGGUCUGGUGGGAUCUCUGCAUAGCUGUCUGUCUGUAAAAAUGGAGAAUGCAGGGUAGCACCCAGAGAAUCCCUAAUGAGGCAACAUAGGGCUUCUGGGUCCCCUUGAACUCAAGCUGCUUCUCCCAAGGGACACUUCUUGGGUCAGAUGUGUGGUACCUGCCAUAUGUAGGCUUCCCAGGGGAUGGUUCUCUCCCAUGGACUGCAGGUGCUAAGUGCCCCUGAGAUUCUUGCUGCAGGGAAGGUUCCUCUCCCGAAAUGUUGCAGAAACAGAGGUGAAGGAAGAAUGAAGCAUGAGUCUAUCUGCCGUCAGCAGCAGAGGCCCUGACUCUGGCUCCCUGAUAUCACUGUCUCAGCAGUUCAGGCAGCAGCGUGGGCUUUUCACCCAGCAAGGGUUGCUGACGAGUUAGGAUUGCUACAAUUUUGAAAAGUUGAGUUGUUCUGCUUCCAUCUGAGCAACUCUAUUCAAAACUAGUUUCCAAGAGUUCCAGAGGGCAGGGCUGGGAAUGUGACUUAUCAUUGUUCAUCUGGCAUGCAUGAUGGAACCAUGGUUCAGUCCACACUUCAAGUUAAACUGGCUGUGAGGGCACCUACCUGUGAUCUAGCAUUCCUGUUUAUGCUGAAGGGUCAGAAGUUCAAGGUCGCGUCCCUGUUUAAAGAAACAAAAUAUCCCUUAGGAGUUCAAGGACAGAGUUGGCAAAUACCCCACAUCUCGCCAGUGGCCCCAUGUUUUAGAAUAAAUGCAUGUGUGUUCCCGAGGGCUCCUUCUGGAGGGGAACUGUGUCGUUGUCUCCACUUUGGAAGAAUGUGGCUAAAAGACCUGUGCUGCUCGCUAUCUCUCUGGUCUUUGUCUACAUCUGGGGGUAGUUUUCACAUAUUCACUUAAAACCUAUAAAUAAAUAUUUAGGAAGAACUGUAAA